AUGCCGUUCUUCAGCUUCCCGACGCUCUCGUUCGUGGGGCUCAACCUCGUCCGCAUCCUCUCGCUGGUAUCGAUGGUGCUGGUGUGGGUCGCCAUCCUGGUGAUGAUGAUCCAGGACGGCCAAGACUUCAACGACGCCAGCCUGCGCGCCCAGGCAGACGAGCAGGAUUGCACCUACAUCCCGGGCACCGAGGUCCCCACGCACGUCUGGGGCAUCUUUUGGGCCGAGCUGCACCGCGCCCUCCUCCUCGUCGUCGUGGCCAUCGCCAUCCUGUCCGAAGUCAGCUGGGGCAACCUGCGCGACCGUGUCUUCCCCAUCCACAUGCCGAUGCUGGGCCCCGACUGGAGCGUGGCGCCGCUGGGGACGCUGCAGGUGUUUGUCGCUUCGGCGGUGCUGAGCCACUACAUGGACGAUUUCCCGCUCGUCGUCUCGUGGCUGCUCUUCUGCGUCGGCCUCGUCAACCUCGCCGUCGGACUCUGCUUUGGCAGCAGGAUGAAGGGCCUGCGCUCCGUCCUCGCGCAGCGGAGGCAGAAGGCCAGACAGGUGCCGGAUGCCGAGGCUGGCAGCGCUGCUGCCCUCCUCUAUCGCAACCUGGGCAACGGCAAAGCAUCGCAGACCAGAGGCAAGCCAGGCGACCGCCGCAAGAGCUACGGCGCGCUCGCGAACGGAAGGGGCCUCGCUGCGUUCCGAAAGUCGAGGUCCAGCGCCGUCUCCGACAAGGCGGCCAAGCCCUCGAUCAACGACGACUUUCCAUCGAUCGAGACCGAGUCUCAGCGCGAGAUCCUCCAGCAACGAGCUCGCGAGGCCAACGCCAGGGCUGAGCGGCAAGAGGAAGUGAGGGAGACGGCCGUGGAGACCGACCAUGACGACCGCUCUCUCUCGCAGACAUUCGUCUGGGACCCGCAGCACCAGAUCUUCCGCGAGCGGGCCGAUGCUCCUUCGAUGGACGCUGGGAUGCGACGGCGGGCCCGCGUCGACGAUGGCCAAGAGGUCGACGGCGGGGCCGGUUGGGACAGGAUCAGGUCCGAGCGGGUCCCUAUCGGAGGCUACGCCGCGUCCAAGGGCCGAGCCGCCAGUCGAGCUUCGGGCCGAUCCGAUUCCGUUGCCGGUUCAGCCACAGGCGGCGGCGGCCAGGUCGCAAGCAGCCCCUCGAAGCGGACGCAGAGGAAGCACGUCGUCAGAGGAGGUGUCCUGGCGGCUGCGGGCGCAGCAAACACCGCGGGACCCGGGAUGGACGCGGUGCAAGCCAUGAAGCGCAGAAGCGCCACGCUCGCCAGGUUCGUCAAGGCUCGCAUGGGCGAGGUCGUGACGACGGCAGGCCGCAACGAAGGGACCGGGCAGCGCGACGUCGUCGGUGUCGAAAGGCCUGUUUCGGUGGUGGUCCACGGCGACGCGGCCCCCUUGCCACCCCAUCGGGCCUACCGACUUCGCGAGGCCGCACCGGACACCAGCCUCGGCGCGGCCGAUGGCAGCGGCGGGUCGCUGCGACUUCCUGUCGCGGAUCGCUUCACCCACGGCUGGGCCGACGCGGUUUAG